AUGUCGCAAGACUACAAAAUUACCAAGGAGACUCUCAACAAUUUGACGUCGGUAUUGCAGAAAUUGGCAGUGCAAUCCGAACAAUUGGAAAUAAGAGAGGAAAAAGCAAGCCAAAGGAACCUAGUGGUGGGCUCUAGCAGCACCAAGCACGAGCUCAAGAAGAGUUUCAAGGAGUAUUCUCAGGACUACAUCGAUUUCACGUACGAAUGUCCAACAAUCUACCAUGUUGUGAGGUAUUUCGGCAAGUUGUUGGAGGAAAACGGGUUCAAAUACAUUAGCGAGAAGAGCGAUUGGGACGAUGUGCACCAGGGGAAGUACUACACGACGAGAAACGGCACGAACCUCUGUGCGUUCACGUUGGGGUCGUCAUGGACUCCGCAAAAGGGUGUUGGUGCCAUUGGGGGUCACAUUGACGCCUUGACUGCGAAGUUGAAGCCUGCAUCGAAGAAACCGGAGGUGGAAGGGUUUGAGUUGUUGGGAGUUGCGCCAUACGGGGGCACAUUGAACGAGAUUUGGUUGGACAGAGACUUGGGUAUUGGUGGUCGUGUGUUGGUGAAGGAUUCGAAGACCGGUGCUGUGAAGUCAGUUCUUUGCGACUCGACGCCGCAUCCAAUUGCGAAGAUCCCAUCGUUGGCACCACACUUCGGUGCGCCAGCCGUGGGUCCAUUCGACAAGGAGGACCAAACUGUGCCUGUGAUUGGGUACGUGGGCAAUGGCGACUACGACGAUGACGAUGCGGAUUACGACUUGGAGGACGAGAAGAAGAGUCCCUUGUACGGCAAACACAGCAUCCACUUGUUGCGUUACAUUGCGCAAUUGCUUUCGGUGAAGGUGUCUGAGAUCUCCCAGUUCGACUUGGACUUGUUUGACGUGCAAAAGGGUACGUUUGGCGGGUUGAAGGACGAGUUUAUCUUUGCGCCACGUAUCGACGACAGAAUCUGCUCCUUCAGCGCGAUCACCGCUUUGAUCGAGUACUGCAACAGCACCCCGGCCCACGUCUUGGAAAACGGGUCCCAGUUCAACCUAGCAGCCCUCUACGACAACGAGGAGGUCGGCUCCUUGUCGAGACAGGGCGCCAAGGGCGGCCUGUUGGAAUCCUGCGUCGAAAGGGUCAUCGCCAACCUAUUUUCAGACGUCGCCAAGACCCGCACCGCAUUCGCAAACUCCAUCAUCAUCUCAGCAGACGUCAACCACAUGGUGAAUCCCAACUUCAACAACGUCUACCUGGAAAACCACAAGCCCAAGCCAAACGUCGGCAUCACGCUCGCCCUCGACGCCAACCAGCACAUGGCCACUGACGUCGUCGGCACUGCCCUUGUCGAAGAACUAGCCAGGCUCAACGACGACAAAAUCCAGUACUUCCAGAUCAAGAACAACUCCAGAUCCGGCGGCACCAUCGGCCCAUCGAUCGCCUCGCAGACGGGCGCCCGUACCAUCGACAUGGGUAUCGCCCAGUUGGCCAUGCACAGCAUCCGUGCCACCACGGGAAGCAAAGACGUCGGCUUGGCCGUCAAAUUCUUUUCGGGCUUCUACAAGAACUGGAGGGAGGUCUACGACAACUUCGGAGACUUGUGA